AUGGAAGAAUGUCAACCACAGGUCUUGUUGAUGCAGAAUGUUCAAGAUCUUCGAAGAAGAUUGCGAGAGACCGAGAGACAUCUAAACAAACUCUCAAAGAUAGAAAGGACGGACGAUGACGACCUUGAGUCUGUGACUACAGUCAACAGUAUCCCAAUGUCAGAAAGACUCCACAUGUUUGAUCACCUUCAGUUUCCCAAUAAAGAAGCGAUGGACAUGGAUGAUAGGGAAAGUGUCCAAUCAGGGUUAGCCACUCUCCCAGAUUCUUCUUAUGCAGGAUUUGAAAGAAUACAGCCCCCAUCCAGCACUCCCAACAGACCACAGACAUCCAGCAGGACAGGUUACAAAGACAAACAGGGGUUGUUCAAAGAACCUCAGCCAAAACAGGACCUGUAUCGACCAGAACAAGAUGACGUACGCUACCUGAAGGAGGCAAACAGAAAAUUGCUUCAACAGAACCAUAAACUACUGGCAGAAGUAGAAAAGUGUAGCCAAGAGGUCAACAGUAGUAGAGUGAAGAUAGAAGAAUUGAGUAAUGAGUUGGAUGAGUAUCGACAAUCAAUUCCAGACUUGGAAGACAAGAUUGUAGGUCUACAAGCAGAGACAGAAGCACAAGAUAAUGCUCUCAUGAGUGCAGAGGAGAGAUAUGAGAAAUGUCAGAGACAGGCUAACAUCUACCAUCAGAAAUGUAAACAACAGGAGCAAGAAGCAGAAGAAAUAAAGGAGGAAAUAACACAAGAAAGAAAGAAGAGAAAGGGAGCUGAAAGCCAGCGUGAUGAGGCUCUGUCCAACUUUUUAGAGGCACAGGAAACUCUAGAAGACUACCAGAAAAAAAUCAAAGAGAGAAUGAAAAAGAUGGAAGAAACAGAGGAUUACCUCAGAGACAGCCUGGCUCAUGCCAACCAGGAGCGUGAAGAUCUACUGGAGAGAGUCAACCUGCUUCAGUCAAAGUCAAGGUCUCUACAGGAGGAGGUCAGGAGACUUGAAACAGUGGAAGAAGUGGAACUGGAUAGUCGACAGGAUAUAGAACAGCAAAAUAUGGACCUAAGGUCACAGCUGGCUAAGGUCACUACUCAACUCAACGAACUGGAGGUUGAGGGUAUGCAGAAUGACAGUUUGAAGAGAGAAAAUACCCGCCUUAAAAACCAGAUAGAUAGUCAACAGCAACAGCUGAAUACAUGCCAACAGGAGAUAGAAGAGAGUCGGACCAUGUUAGCCCAGUUAGAACAACUAGCACAGCAGGUUCAAAACCAGUCCCAGAAAGCCAACGCGAGUUUCAAUGACAGUGGGAUGUUCAGUGUACAGCCAUCUAGUCCCUCAAGUAAAGACAAUGCUUCUGCCUCCUUUCGAUCUAUUGACAAAAAUGGAGCAUCUGGAGGUGGGGCCCAGACUAUCUUACAGGACCUGAGGAUGAAACUUGCAAUGAAGGAUGCUGAGAUCCAACGGCUACAAGCUGACAUGCAGGCAAAGGAAGUGAGCAGCCAGACUCAAGUCAUAGAGAAUCUUCACCAGGAACUCACAGCUAUGGUGCAGAGCAAUAAACAAGGGGUGACCAAGGCACAGGAACUGGAAGCUGUUAUUGGACACAUGGAAAUGGAGAAAGCCAGGCUUACAAAACAAAUUUCUGACCUUCAGCGAGAUCUUGCAGACAAGGAUGUACAUGUUACAUCUAUGGAGUCCAGAGUUAACCAACACAAUGUCCAGCUGAUUGACUUGCAGGAAGAAAUCAACGAGAAAUGUACAGCCACUACCAACCUAGAGCGUGAGCUUCGAAAGAAAACAUCACAAAUAGCUAGUUUAGAAGAACAGCUGGAUGAAAAGACCUCUGAUUUGUCAGGAACGUUGGCUAAACUUCGAGAAUUGGAGGAGGAUUGUCGGGAAUAUCAGGAAGAAGCAAGUAAAAUGAGGACUGAACUUCAUGGCAAAAAAGAGUCGCUUCAUCAGACUACAAGUCUGGCUGAGCAGAACCAACAGAUCCAUCGUGAACAGUGUCGUGACUAUGAAAAACAGAUUGACAUACUUACCCAAAAGUUGGAGAAGAAGACAGAUCGCCUGGAGGAGCUAGAGUCACAGUUAGGGUUGCUGAGGAGGGAGACGAAGGAGAAAACACAACAUAUACAGCAGGUAGAGGAACUUCUUCGACAGAACCGACAGGAACUUGAUGCAAAAACAAGACAGAGCCAGCGAACCUUGCAGCAGCUAGAGUUACAGGCAAAUGAGGGGACAAGUCAGAUUAGAGAUCUCGAGUCUGCUCUCAUCAUGUGUAAAGAGGAAGUGAAAACAUACAUUGAGGCCUUGGAGGAUUCAAAGGAACGCUUUGACAAAGAACUCCAGUACAAGGAUGAAAAGAUAGUAGAUUUAGAUCAGCGGGUCAGACAGAUGAGCAAAGAAUUGGAAGAGAAGCGUACACAGAACACAGAUCUGGAGAAGACUUUAUUUGAGCAUCAGACAAUGUUACAACAGAGUACAACAAGAAUGUCUGACCUGGAGGACACACAGAUAGAACUCAACAGACAGAUUUCCCAGUUAGAACACCAGAUGUUAGAAGACAAAGCCCGUUACAUGACAGAAACACAGUCGCUGGAGAAAAAACUUAGCCAGACUUGCCAGAAAAUUGAUGAACAAACAGGGGAGAUAACUCGGCUACAACAGACAAUUCAAGAUUACAAGGAGGAGAAAUUGCACCUGAACUCUGACAUACGCACCUUGGAGAACCAGAUUCAGGAUGAACAAACUAAUAGUGAAUGUAAAACAAAACGAGUGUCUAAACUUGAGAAAGACAUCCGGGAUCUCAGAGUAGAGUUGGAGAAGAAAAUAGAAAUAGUAAAUGAUUUUGAGGACCAGCUACAACAGAGAGAGGAGGACAUGCAGCAACAGAUGCAGUUGGUGGGAGAACUUGAUGAUGAAAUUAAGCGACUACAGGUGUCCUCGGAGCAGGAUCAGAUCCGUGCCUCUGAUGUGGAGGGACAACUUCAAAAAACUUUGUAUGAACUCAAAGCCAAACAGGAAAUGAUUGAAGACAUGAAGGAAGCUCAUAGGAAAACACAGGAAGAACUCAACGACCGUAAACGGGAAGUAGGAGAAUUAAGCCACGCCCUUCAAGACCGUCAAAGUGAGCUGCAACACCGCAUACAGCAGGUAACUCAACUAAACCAGAACAUUAAAGAGCUACACAGUGAGAUGGAACAGAGGAUACAAAGGCUGGACAGUCAGCUGAUCAAGUAUGAGAGUGAGAUCAAGGAACGCACUAAACAGAUUUCCGACCUUGAUGACAGGUUACAGUUGACACAGGCUAACUUGAAAGAGAAGUCACUACAGUUCCAACAGGCCGACCAGCUGUCUCAGAGACAACACAUGGAGCUUCAGUCCAAAACCACCACACUGGAGGAGCUUCAGAAGACAGUGGAGCGACAGAGGCUUAGAUUGGAGGAACAGAAAGAGGAGAAUGUAGAAAUUACACAAGAGCUCAGGCUUACUAGGGAACAACUUCAGCAGCAGCAUGCAGAGUUCUUGUCAACGCGAAGACAAUUGUCACAAAUGACACGAGAAAAUGAACGCUUAACACGAGAACUAGAAGAAACACUUGCUCAACAUCAGAGCAAGGAAAGCAAUAAUGCACGACUGGCAGAGGAGCUUGGAGCAAGUAAGGCACGCGAAGCCAAGGCUGAGGCAAGGGUAACAUCAGAGGUCAUUAAUCUGAGGGAGGAGCUGGCCCAGACUACAGAAAAAUAUGAAGACCAGAUACACGAGAUGAAAGAAAGGAUGAAAGAGGUCUCCUCAGACAAAAAGAAGUUACUUACAGAACUUGAGGAGAAGUCAACACAGCUUCAUGAUCUUGAGGCCCACUACCAGGAGCAGUUUGAGAAACUCCAGGAAGACCUCAUUGUGAUUAACCAGGAGAUGGCUGCUAAGAAAAAAAUUGUUAGUGCUGCUAAUGAGUCCCUUAUCAUCAAGGAUGCUGAAAUUGCUCGAUUACAAGCCAGAAUCUCAGGAAUGGAAAGGUCGUUGGCUGCAGCAAGGUCAAUAGAGAGUUUCCAAGGUGAUAGGGCUAGCUCUGUUUAUCAGAGUUCUGUGCUCAUGUCCAGUUUUUCAGGGAAACAAGAUUCUGAAUCAGAUGAUCCAAAUCAGGCGAGUGUGUUUCCUCAUUCCUCUGAUCAAACAAAACAAAAGUUCCCUGGAAAUUCAAAGGAAGUGAUGCCUGACCCUGAGGAUCCCUCAAGGUCAAAUCAUGUUGAGAAAGUGACUACUUUAUCCAGUAAUAAGAAUGAACACAUUAAAAAUGAUGUUACAGCUCAUAGCAAUGGCCAUGGACCAGUUAGAAAUUUAAACUUUAAUGAUCCUAAUGGUGUGCAACAACACAACCAAAGCCAGAGAGCAAACAACAUAAACCAGCCAUUCCCUCAAGGUCAUCUGGCUGUAAAUAGGCAGGCACCAACAAACAGGAAAGGGAGACAAUCUGAUCAAUUUCCUGGAGAGUUUGAGCAUGAGCCCACUACAGCCAUGAUGAUGUAUGGUCAGAGUCCUGGAGAUCACCAGAUUAUUACAGACAAAAAUUUUGGUGACCAAUUCUUUAAUGAACACUCUAAAGGUCAACUUGAACCAGAACAAUGCAUGCAAGAACUCCAGGAGAGACUGCGAGCCAAUGAAAUUCGUCAAAAAUUGAUUGACAAACAGCUACAAAGUCUGGAUGAUGAUUAGAGACAGGAAGGAGGAUGCAGCAGAUGUAUGAAUGAUUGAAAGGAUGAAUGAAAACAAGGAUGAAAGACAUCUUUUUAAGAGUGCACAUUAAAUAUAAUAAUUAUACAUGUACUAGUGGAUGACUGUACUGUGUGUUUUGGUGGAGGUUCCAAAAUACACUUAAUGAAAUUAAAAUUGUUUUAC